AUGAUCCGGAGUUUGCAUCGUCAGCGCUGGGCAGAGCUCUGGAUGGGCACGCAUCCCAACGGGCCUUCCACGGUCGUGCUGCCUGGCGAGUGUCAGCAGCCGCAGCUGGAGCGCGUGACCACCAUCGGGGAGGCAUCGCGGCCGCUCCAGUAUCAGGCUGGCGGGGCGCUGCCCUUCGGAGGAGGACCUGAGAUCAUGAGGAAUGCUUUCUUGAAUCACUUCUCCAAGAGGAUCCACACUAUUGGUUGGGUGAAGACCAUGCUCGUAGGAACUACCCGGGACGCAUGGUGGCGGAUCUGUGCGGCAGGCUUUGUCGAUUCAAGCGCACCCAAACAAGAAGCUGGCCGAGAGGCUGCACAAGGAGUUCCCCCUGCAUUAUCCCGACGCGAAUCACAAGCCAGAGAUUGCUCUACCUCUUGGCCACUUCGAGGCGCUCUGUGGUUUUCGACGACUACCUGA